CGGCCUUUGGUAGUUGAGGACUCAUGGGUAACCCUGGUUUUUCCUCUCACUGGACAAAGAACUGGUGCUCUCCGUGUUCGUUUAGCCGUGGGUACCGCCGCCCAGAUUACCAAUUUGAUUGUCGCUGAUAAACGUGCCACAGACCUACCAUUCACAGAGAAGACCAACUCCAGUAGUGUCGGUUGGACUUGCCUUGAUUUUAUUCAGUGGCCACCGGAGGCUUCGGUCGGGGGAGCUCUGAGAGGAUCUGAUGAUCUUGGGACCUCUUUUGGCGUUGAACACAACCUGGACAUUGCCAUUCACAGUUUAAAGGACUUCAGCCCACGUCUAUCAGAGACCCUUUCGCGCGAAUUCGGAGACCGAUUUCCCUGGAACGACUACAAGAAAGGCGCCUCGAUCAUUUCCUCACAAACCAACGCUCACCCGAUGCGUGUGUCUCCACCGGGAAGUCUUGACACUGUAAACUGUCGUUUCACGGUUGCUGAGACUACCGCGGCGGAUGGUGACCAGUACUGGCACCACACAGUUUCACAUCGCUUCACAGCUCGGAGCUCAGAUUUCUCUGAAAAAGCCAAGGCCAUUCACCUUGUCGACGGCAACGCCUUUCUAAAUUGGCUCGGCGGACGUACAAGUAGGUGGUUCUUACGCGCUGUCUUUGUUUCUUCUCCUCGUCGACUGAUUUAG